CUCAAGUUGAAUGAAGCUAUAUGUGUUUGGGUAGAAAGUGCUCUCAUAGCAAAUAUGGAUUUAAAUCAAACUGCCCUACUUACUAAAGCCAAAACCUUCGCCAUAGUCCUAAACAUUACCGAUUUUAAAGAAUCCCUAAAUAAACAUAGAGAAUGUCUUCAAGCAAUAUGUGAAGAAAUGCACCCAUUAAAAACCCUUGCACAUGGUCUUGUCUUAGGUUAUAAAAAAAAUAAGGCACGAGUGACUGUGAUGUUUCUUGAUGCAUUUGACAAAAUAAAGGCUACAGGUUCUUCUGCACUCGAUGAGUUUAAUAUUCUUGAUGCAAUUAAUGCUACUUCAGAUGCAUGGGACAAUGCAUGCCAGCAGUUAGAGCUAGAGUUAAAAAAUGAAUUCGAUGAACUUGAUAUUUUAAUAAUUAAUUUAGCAGUAAGUAGUAAAAUCGAUGAUCCUAUGGAUGUGAGAGAAUUUGUAGAUGUCGAUACUAAUAUUGCUUUUGAGAUACUAUCUGAUGAUGAUAUAAUCUACAAUAUUAAGAGUAAGGAUGACCAUCCUACUGAAGAAAAAAUAUUAGAACCAGUACCUAAAAUUACAGAUUAUGAUGCUUUGAAAGCUUUAGAUUUAAUUGAAAUGUAUCUUUUAUAG